ACCGGCGUGCGGUGCACCAGGCUAGGUUAGCACACAGCCGCUACAUCCGGGCGCUCUGCUGCUCGGUUUACAAGUCCUGCGAAGAUGGCGACUUCAGGGAGGAGUGCAUUAUUAUCCUCCACAUCAACUGGACCUAAGAGCACACUGGACAACUCCAACCAAGAGGAGGAUGACGGACAGGACUUAUGGUCCACCAUCCUGAGUGAAGUGUCAACCCAUUCAAGAUCUAAGCUACCGUCGGGGAAAAAUGUCCUGGUCAUGGGUGAGGUGGGUUCGGGGAAGACCGCCUUGGUUGCAAAGAUGCAGGGGGUUGAAGAGUUCAUGAAAGGGCGUGGCCUGGAAUACCUCUACUUCAGUGUCCAUGACGACGACAUCGAUGACCAAACUAGGUGUAAUGCCUGGGUGUUAGACGGAGACCUUUACCACAAAGGUCUGCAGGGAGUUGCUGUUCCAGUGGACUCGAUCGAUAACACGUUGCUGCUGAUAACUGUUGACAUGUCGCGGCCAUGGAACGCCCUGGACUCUCUCCAGAAGUGGGCCGCCGUCGCUAGGGAACACAUUGACAAACUCCGGGUCGCCCCGGAAACGCUGCGGGAGCUGGAGCACAGACUUGUAAAACAGUUCCAGGAGUACACAGAGCCAGGCAGUGGGGAGGAUGGCACCCCGCAGAGGAGGAGUGAAGAGGAGGAGAGUGUGCUGCUGCCGUUAGGAGAGAACACACUCACACACAACCUAGGAAUACCAUUGGUGGUGGUCUGCACCAAGUGCGACGCCAUCAGCACAUUGGAGAAGGAGCACGACUACAGAGACGAACACCUGGACCUCAUCCAGUCUCACAUCAGACGUUUCUGUCUGCAGUAUGGAGCGUCUCUGGUUUACACAUCAGUGAAGGAGAUGAAAAACCUGGACAUCUUGUACAAAUAUCUGGUUCACAGACUCUACGGCUUUUCCUUUCACUGCCCGGCACAAGUGGUGGAAAGAGAUGCCGUCUUCAUUCCAUCAGGCUGGGACAAUGAGAAGAAGAUUGCCAUACUUCACGAGAACUUCCAGACAGUAAAAGCAGACGACAGCUUUGAGGAAGUAAUAGUCAAACCGCCCGUCAGAAAGAUUGUACAUGAGAAGGAGAUUCAGGCAGAAGACGACCAAGUGUUUCUGGUAAAACUCCAGUCGCUGCUCGCCAAACAACCCGCUGUGACAGCAGGGCGACCAGUGGACACCACCAGUCGAGCACCCACCGGCUCCCCCAGGACGAGUAAUCGCUCAGCAGCGGCCAACGUAGCGAACGCCAUGCCACAGUCAGGUCAGACCAGUGAGGGUGUGUUGGCCAACUUCUUCAACAGUCUACUGACAAAGAAAGCCGGGACAGGGGGGCCCGGGACGCCAGGUGGCGGUAACAACACUCCAGGAACAGUACGCAAGUCAGGUUCGAAGCUGGGCCUGAGCGAUGUACAGGCGGAGCUGGACCGCAUAUCCAGCCGGGAGAAUGACUCUGACUUGCCCAAUGCCAACGACACCCCUGCCACUGACGGCCAGGACACAUGAAGACCAACACACUUCACCCUGCGAUCCCCCCCCAACCCCCUUUCCAUCUCACCUUCCACCUCCCUUGUCCUUCCUCCCUCCACUUCAUCACAAAGAUGCAGGAAGAAAGAGGGAUUUAGACAUACAGUUUUCCCUCCCCAUCAUCUUUCACUUUCUCCUCAAAAAAGAAGAACUCACCCUCUCUUCCCCUACCCAUAUUUCCCACUCCUUGUUCUCCCCCCCCCCUCUCUAUUCUCCUCCUGGCUGUUGCGCUGAUGGCGAGUAUUUGUCACUGUUACAUACAAGACUGUCUGUUACAUGAGAGUAAAUAGGUACGGGGGACCAAUGGGGGUGUGGAGGUUGGGACGAGAAGAAGUAAGAGGUGGGUUGAAAAAGAUAAGAGGAAUGGAAGCGAGGGAGUUUUGUCCAUCCAUUUCUUGUGAUGGUACAGUUUGUGUUUUUACUGUAGGAACUGCUGAAGGGUGCAUGUUGAAGAAACAUCACUUAGAGUAGUAGGGAUGAUUGUGUGUUUAAUGUAUGUGGGGCAAGUCACGCUUGGCCAGAGGACGAGAUCGAGAACAAAAAGAAAUGCCUGAAACAAAAUUACAAACAGUCUUGUUUUUUAAGAUGAAGGGACAAACAUACCAGUGUGUGUGUGUGUGUGUGUGUGUGUGUGUGUGUG